GGCAGGCGGACGACGAGGACGAGCGAGAGACCGAAACAGAAUCCGAAACAGAAGCAGAAACAUAAACUGCGGAAACAAGUGGCGGCAAGUGGCAAGAGCUGAACUUCCGCACCCGGGAAACGGUCGCGUGUGCUACGCUGCUACGCGAGUGGAAUUACGGAAAAUUCGUACGCGAAACCCAAGCAAUUUUCCCGAGUCGGGGCGGCGGAAAAGCCGGCUGAAAGUCCGCUGAAGAAUCCCAACUAUGCGUGCAACCACAAAUCAAAAUACGAAUUUAUGAAAAGUGCUCGCUCGCCACGCAAAAGUAAGAGUGCUCGUGCGUGGGCCAUCGGCUAAUUGCUCAUGUAUCGGCAGCCACAGGUGGUGUUCCCAAACACCCCAACCCCCCAACCACGCCCCCAUUCGCGCCGCCCACACCGACACACGGCCAAUUGUUGCGGCACACGCAGAUUCGCAGAUUCGCAGAAGCGUAAUUAAAGUGGGGGAGUCCGGUCGAAAGGUCAGCGGCAGCCGCAAUUAGCAAAUCUAACAGUUCCAAGAAUCGACUCACUGCAGCCCCUUAUUAAUUGGGGCCCGAAUCCAAAUCUCCAAAGCGGAGAGCCGACGCACAGCGUAACAGCGUAACUCCCCCAAGAAAAAGUCGCAAGGAAAUUCUUAUUUGUAUUUUUUGCCCGUUUUCUUGGCCGAAGGAGAAAAGUGGGUGGCAGCUGGGGAUUUUGGGGGGAUUUUUGGGGGCAGCAGGCAGCAGGCGACGUGUGUCAAAGGUUUGACAGGCCUUAAUUGAGCGGAGGACAGAAAAUCAGGAGGCGAGUAGCGCGGGUGUGGAUGCGGCAGGAGGGUGGAGGCGACUCCAGGCGAGGGCAUCUCGCAUCUCGGGUUUUUCAGAUUUUCGGAUUGUCGGAUUUUCGGCUUUACGGAUUAGAAGCGAAACGCAAUUUAUUUCUCCUCGGGGCAGGCAGAGAAUUAAAAGUCGGGCAGAAACACAAUAUCUCGUAUCCCAGCGCAUUUGUGAAGAUUUCAUUCAAGGAGAAAUUGCUAGGAAAACACAAACUGCAGGCAUUCAAGUUUUUAACGUUAUUAGAAGUGCUAGAGAUGCUGGAAAGUAGUAUUCCUAUAGUUUGAAAAACAAGUGGAUUAACGCUAGCAAAGUUUAGAACUGCAAAACUUAAUAAGAAGGGGAAGACUUGAGUUCAUAAAUUAUGUAGGAGAAAAGGCAGCAUUUUGUGAAGAGUUUCUGAUUCAAUUUAAACGUAUUAAGUAAACUAUUCUGUGCAUUUUGGUCGCCAAUUAAAAGUGGCCUCUAGUUCAAUUAAUAAACAUGCGUCCAACAAGAAAUUAAUCCAAUUUGCCGAGCAUUGAAACCAUAGUUAUCUGAUACGCCAAUCAAAAGGCAAUUCAUUUAACGAAAAUUGCAAAUCAAUUCGCACUCAAAGGUUGUUUCACCUAGUCAAAACCCCAAAACUCCAAUAAAAGAAGAAAAUAAGUGAAAAGUAAGCAAACAAAGUGAACUAAAAGCAAGGAGCACCAUGUCGCCAGGAGUGGAGCUGCUGUUGCUGCUCCUGCUCAGCCCGUCGCUGCUCGCGGAGAUCUCCCACCUGCCCAUGGCCAGCAACCGCAUCAUCCUGCACUCCACGGAGCUGCUGCAGAACCCGCUGAUUCCGGACAACGGUGUGCCGGCGGCCAGGGCGACGCCAGUUGCGCCGCAGAAGUGUCCUUCGCUGCAGCGGUACCGCAAGAUGCUGAAGGACUUCGACGACCUGGAGGACCUCUACGUGGACGUGCCCGUGCACAUAGCUCUGGCGGAGCGGCAGAGGAAGCGAUUUGUGCUGAACCUGAACGACUCGACGCCGCUGACGAUUCGCUUCUCGGCGCCCGUGGGCCGCAAGAUGUACUACAAUCAGACAGGAAACCCCCUCCGGCCGGCGGCAGUGGCACCUGGGCCAGGUGUGGCUGUGGGCAGUCUGGUGCUGCCCUGCGCCCUGCGCGGCCAGUACGACCUCUUCGUCCUCGCCCGCCACUCGGGAGCCCUCAAGGUGGACGCCCUGGCGGAGCAUCCCCAGCACGACUGGCCCCUCCUCAACGCCACGCACCGGAUCGCCAUUCGCACCCAGAACCGCGUGCGGAAGCGCGAGAUGUUCGUCAAGUGGGAAAUGAGCAAGUUUGAUUUCCAUGCCAUGCACUAUUGCCUGGUGAUACAGCGACUCUCCACGGACACGCCGCGGAUGAGCUUCAGCCACUUCUGCCAGGCGGUGGCCGCCUACGCGAACCAGCGACCCAUGACUCCCAGUUGCGCGGCGCCAGGUGGUCCGCUGGAGGGGAUUUGGGGUGCACCACCGCAGCGGGAAAGGCGGCUCAAUCCCCGCCAGAAUGUGCACAUCGUGUGCACGGGGAAGAGGCGCCAGCAGCUGCUGCGCCGCCUGCUCCCGCGGAGCAGCUACCACCUGGACCUGUUCGGCGUCCACCAGGGUCGCCAGAACCUCACCCUGCGGCUGGCCAGCAGCCAGGUGAACUUCAACCGCACCCAACCCCUGGCCCUGAAGCAGCAGGCUCUGAUGCAACUCAAGAUCGGCGGGCAGCACGGCAAGCAGGUGUACAGCUUCAAGGUGCCGCAGACGACGCGGCAGCUGGAGGAGCCGUUCAUGAGGCACCUCCUCAUCCCCUGCUCCGGCAGCGAGAUCCGGGUGAAGCUGCUGCGCCAGCGCAGCGAGGUGGGCACAACGGAGGCCUUCUACAGUCCCACGUACAUACGGCAGAAGGGAGUCCUUCCGGGGCAGCGGUAUCUCAUGCGGUUCGAGCCCAGCAACGACGAUGAGGCGUUGCGCGCCCAGAAAGUCAUGGUGGCCCUGAGCAGCGAGGCUCUGUUCCGGGAUUUGCCCGAGCUGCCGCAGAACACCACGGUCUUCAAUGUGCGCACGAGGUGCAGCAGAGCCACCAUUGCCUGGAACGGCUCGCCGGAUGAGCGCGAGCUGAGCUACUGCAUCAUUGUGUUCAACCUGCCACAGCGCAACCGCAGCGUGGUGGACUUCACCAACUACUGCAUGGACUUUGUGCCCAAGCGGGUGGAGCAGUACAGGAACUUCGAGUGGAUGGCCUGCAGGGAGCGGCAGCAGAGUCCGGACAACAUCGAGACGGAGACCAUAAUGAACCUGACGCCGGGCGCCAGCUACCUGGUCUACGUGACCGCCAACCUGAGCAUGGGCAAGCCGCUGCCCUACCAGGCGCUGACCCUCCACAUGGCCAGUCAGUGCCUGGACGCAUCCCACGAGUCCUUCUACUAAGCGCUACUCCCCAAACCACAAAAACCCGAAUCCCAAAACCCAAAACCCAAAGCUUCGCUGCAUUUUCGAAUACAAACACUGAACUAUCAACUAUCCGUCGUUGUAAAGCUACCUUAUCCACUACGAUUACUACCAACUACUAUCCUACAAGAACUAUGCUGGUUAAAAGACUAUACACCUAGCUCCAUAUACGAUUACUAUAUAUAUAUCUAUAUAUAUAUAUGUACUAUAUAUACAAUAACAAUAGCGAGGCAUGUGUUGUGUGGGCGCGAGUGAGUGUGUGCGUGUGACUUCUGAUUUCUGAUUGAGUUGCCAUUUGAUUCCAAGUAUUCUCGAGUGCUUAGUAUUGUAAUUUUUGUAAUUUUUGUAAUCUGUAUUCGUAGCUAGCCGUUAAAUGUUUGUAUAAACUGUUUCAUUGUUUCAUUGGUUGCCCACUCCGCUUUAUUCGAUAAGCUCGUUUUCUAGAUUCUAGCCCUAGCACUCCUAGUUUAAUGUUUAAAGUUAAUCAUAGUUUUGCUGUUAAGUUUAGAAGUUUUGAGUAGUUCUUUUGUACAUUAAGCUUACAGUUAGCUCUACACUAGAUUGAUAUAUAUAUAUGUAUCAAACGAACAUACAUAUAUGUUGAAAGCAUUGAAAGCGUUGAAAGCGUUGUAUUUUUUGAAGCCGAACUUAUGCAACCGAAAGGAGACAAUAAACAAACAAAUGUGCUAUACUCGUAAAGGACGAAAGUGUCGCAAAUAAAUGUGAACCACUGCUACCGAACACA